GUAUAAAGCGCCAUCCUCAUUGUUCAUGCACAUGCAUGUUGCAUGCAAUAAUCAAGCACGUUUCGACUUUGAUCGCAAAGGAUUUAAUCAAGGUGACGGCAGGAUAUUGGGUGAGCCGGCAAAUUUCGUAUGAAAUCGAAUUAACUUGGGGCAAAGGGUUGAGCAGUUAACUUACAGCAACAGCAACAGCAAUUCGGCAGCAUGUCUCACAAUGAGGGGAACUGGUGUCUCAUCGAGAGCGAUCCGGGUGUAUUCACCGAGUUGAUCAAAGAGUUCGGAUGCUCUGGAGUGGAAGUAGAAGAGUUAUGGGGUUUGGAAGCCGAACAGUUUGAAACUUUAAAGCCUGUCCAUGGAUUAAUAUUUUUAUUUAAGUGGCUUCCUGACGACGAACCAGCAGGGAGUAUUGUUAAAGACAGCCGUUUAGAAAAAAUAUUCUUUGCGAAACAAGUGAUAAAUAACGCCUGUGCAACUCAGGCGAUAUUGAGUAUCCUGCUUAACUGUAAACAUCCGGAUCUUCAUCUUGGAAAAACGUUGACGGACUUUAGAGACUUCACGCACACUUUUGAUGCGAACAUGAAAGGCCUCGCACUAAGUAAUGCCCAGGGUAUUCGCGAGGUCCACAAUUCUUUCGCCAGGCAAACUUUGUUCGAGUUUGAUAACAAAGCGGCCAACAAGGACGAAGAUGUUUUCCACUUUGUCGGUUACGUCCCAAUCGAAGGCAGACUCUAUGAACUUGAUGGAUUGAAAGAAGGCCCCGUAGAUUUAGGGGCGCUUCCAGCUGAUACAGACUGGGUCGAUGUUGUCAGGCCAAUAAUACAAAAAAGGAUAAAUAAAUACAAUGAAGGGGAAAUCCACUUUAACCUAAUGGCUGUAAUUUCUGAUAAAAAGCUCCAAUAUGAAAAGAGAUUGCAACAACUUCAAAAACAAAUCGAUGAUGGAGGAAUGGAAACAGAUACGAUAAACUCUGAAAUGACCAAGCUGCGUUUAAUGAUCGAGAAUGAGGAGAAUAAAGUGAAACGGUACAAGUCUGAGAAUAUUAGGAGGAAGCACAACUACCUUCCGCUGAUAGUCGAAAUCCUGAAGAUGUUGGCGAGAGAGGGCCAGCUUUUGCCGUUGUACGAGAAGGCGAAGGCGAAAGCCGCCGAGAAGGAAGAAAAAAAAUUGAAAACAUGAUCUUUUUUCUUGUCGAUUCCGUUUUUAUUGUUUAUUCUUGACGCGUUUCGAUACGAGAAUCGCGCGAAGCAAGCCCAAAAAACACACUAUGUACUUUAAAUAUAAAAUGUAUCUGUUGUAAAUUGUACAGAAAUGAAAUAAACAAAAAACAUUAAUUUUUCUACUGCAAAUUAAGGAAGUUGCAAACAUUGACCUAAUAAAAGACCAACGUUGCCUUGAUGCUCGUUCGUUUUAUUUGAGUUAAUCCCUCGUUUUAAGGGAAACCGGUGUUUCAAAAAACGAAGAUACUUGCAAAAAUGCUUCCUUUGCUUAAAUAUUUACCUGAAAAAAAUACUUAUAUCAAAUAAAAUAAGUAGGGAAAAAAAGAAACAAGUUUUUAUAU